GUCGAAUGCCAGAAACACAUAAAGCUUCACUCUCCCCACAACCAUAGAUAUCAGAAGAGAAUUCCAAUCCAGGAGUCACAGCCACCAUGACCUCAGCACAACCCAAACCAGUGUCCUCACCUGCUCAGCCAGAAGAACCUCCAGCGAGAGUCAUCAAUGAGAACACAGACAUGUCCACUCUCACAGAUCAGGAGAUCAUGAAUCUCAUGGAGAAUAUGGAAAACCAAGAAAAUACUUCGGAUAAGCCGCUCGUAAGCACCCCUGUGCCGUUGUCUGUUAUCCGGGAAGAAUACUUGAAAGGUUCUCAACAAAUCGUGAAGAAGCUCGAUUACCUACAAGAGAACGGAUGGGACCAGGUAUGGAGAGCUCGAGGAGACGGCGAUUGCUUCUAUAGAUCAUUCACCCUGGCCUACCUCUUGAGAAUAUUACAUUCCCCCGAACCAGAUGUUGAAGCCAAUUUGGCAUAUGACGCUAUCCAACGUGCAUUGCCUGCCAUGGAGCAGUGUGGUUUUCAGAAGGACAUUUAUGAAGAGUUCCUCGAUCCUCUUUUGGCCCUUAUACGCUCCUUUGCAGAGUCAGAUGAGACCACUGCCAACGAAUACUCUAUCGUUCAAGCUCUUCAAGAUCCUGAGAGAUCCAACUACAUUGUUGUUUCUCUGCGACUCAUCACAUCGUCGUAUAUCCGCACCCAUGCUGAUCUUUUCUCACCAUUCUUAUUCUCUCCUACCACAUUUUUGCCUUUAUCUACAGAGGAAUUUUGCAGGCAAGAGGUCGAGCCUUGCGGUAAAGAAGCCGACAAUGCGCAAAUAAUGGCGUUGGCGGAAGCUAUGAAUGCCGGGGUGAGGGUCGCAUACCUGGACAGGAGCGAAGUGGGAGGGAAAACUAUCAACUGGGUAGAGUUCGGCAAGGAUACAAGUGAAAAUGCUCGCCCAUUGACAUUGCUGUAUCGACCCGGUCACUACGAUGUGGUUACUAAGGAUGUUCCACCAAAGGUUUAGUUCACGAGAUCAAUGCCCAUGAUGUAAUCAUCUCGAUUGUCUGUAGCCUCACAUGUAAUGUUGAUACCCAGAGCCCAGAAAACAAACCCGCCAGUGUCGAUAUUUAUGCAUUAUACUUGUUCAUA